AAAUAAAACCAGUGUGGUUUUCAGCUUCAGCUUAAGCUUAUCGCCCAACCCUUAAAAUGCGCCUCCACCCAACCCCUCAAGUCUCUGUCUUUUCGGCCAACGACCCAAUGUUCCAUUUCCUCAGCUUAGUAGUUUUGUGAGCUUUGGUGGGCUUUUCUAGAUGGAUUUUGGGGUGUUGAGUUUGGAUGGGUUAAUGGGUUCAGACGCUGGUUUUUCUUCUCUUGCUUCAGAUCCUGAGACAAAGCAGAAAUGGUACGGAGCCGGCUUCCUCAAGCAGGAGAGAUCUGCUGGCACCUUUGAAGAUGACUGGAGGAGCUCAAAGCUGGCCAAGACUGAUGAUUUCUCUGCCUCCAAAGCCAUGCUGUUUCAGCAGAGAAAUGCUUUACUGAGAUCUAAUUGCACUCUCUUCUCUGAUGGUCACCAACAGCAGCAAAUGCUGAGCUUCUCUUCCCCCAAAUCAGAACCUUUUUUAGUGGAAAAGAACUCUCAGAAUGCCCCAUUGCCUUACUUUCAACACGCAUUACCUGCUUAUAAUAGAAAUACAGGCUAUAGCUCUGGAAGCUUGAAUGGGGCAAGCGUGCAUGGUGUUCUAGCAGGAGCCAGAGGGCCAUUCACUCCAUCUCAAUGGAUGGAGCUAGAACACCAGGCCUUGAUCUACAAAUACAUCAAUGCAAAUAUGCCUGUUCCAUCUAACCUGCUCAUCCCCAUAAGAAAAGCCCUUGAUUAUGCCGGCUUCUCUAGCUUUCCUGGGAGCCUUCUGAGACCCAAUACCUUGGGAUGGGGUUCUUUCCAUCUGGGAUUCUCCAACAACGAUCCUGAGCCCGGAAGGUGUCGGAGGACCGACGGGAAGAAAUGGCGGUGCUCCAGAGAUGCGGUUGCUGAUCAGAAAUAUUGUGAGCGACACAUGAACAGGGGCCGCCAUCGUUCAAGAAAGCCUGUGGAAGGUCAAACCGGCCAUGCCAUUACCGGGACCACCGCCGCCACCACCACCAAUGCAAGCACUAGCACAAAGCUGAUGUCUAUUGCUUCAUCCCCAUCAGGGUCGGUGGUCGUGGCACCCGGCAGUGGCAGAAGCGCUGCGACCAACAGCCUAGCGCACCAACAACUCAAGAACUUGCAGCCUGGUGCAUCUAAUCCUUCUGCUGCCACCACCAUUAGCAGGAUGCUUAUGAACAAGGAGAAUGUGAGCGAGACAAUGCAAGACACACCCAGCCUCUCCAUUCUAUGCCCCUCCAUUGACCAUAAACCUAAAGAGAACUCUUUCAUGAUUCAGAAACAGCAAAACCCAUAUGAAGAAUCCUCUAGAAAUGUGUUUGGGCUAGUCACUUCUGAUUCCCUCCUCAACCCUUCACACAAAACCUCUAGUCUAAUGAACUGCUCUUCACAAGAGCUCAGUGACAGAGGAACCGAAUCGCAACGAUCUCUUCGUCAUUUCAUUGACGACUGGCCUAAAACCCAAUCUGAUCGCUCAACCAUUUCCUGGCCUGAGCUCGACGUGCAGUCGGACAGAACCCAGUUGUCAAUUUCAAUCCCCAUGGCUUCCUCAGAGUUCAUCUCAUCCACUUCCUCUCCCACCAAUGAGAAACUCACACUCUCGCCCCUCAGACUUACUAUCCUUAAUGAGACAAACCAAAAGCAGGCAAAUUGGAUUCCCAUCUCUUGGGAAACAUCCAUGGGAGGUCCUUUAGGAGAGGUUUUGCAUCAUAGUAGUAAUAGUGUAGGGGACUGCAAGAAUUCGUCUGCACUUAACCUUAUGACUGGGGGCAGCUGGGACAAUAGUCCACCCAUAGGGUCAUCUCCUACAGGGGUCCUACAGAGGACCACUUUUGGGUCUCUUUCUAACAGCAGUGCAGGGAGCAGCCCUAGAGCCGACAACCACAGGACCCUUGAAGGGGCUAGCCAGUGUAAUGACCUCCUUGGCUCAACUCUUGUGAAUUCUUCGUCCUUGCCUGCCUUGUAGCCACUUGACCUGCCAACUCAGAAAUUUGUUAGGUGAUGCAAGAAAAAUGAAUUUUAUCUGUGUGAGGAACAUAGUGAGAGUGAGUUUUUUCUUUUUUCUUUUUUUUCUUUUUUUCUUUUUUUCUUUUUUUUUUGUUGUUUCGUUUAGUGUGUUAAAUCUUUCUAAUUUCAUAACAUGUUUCUUUUCUGGCUCA